ACAAAAUCAAAGGCCAUGUUGAAUGUUGAUGUCAAUGGGAACAACAAAAGGAAGAGGUGUGGGAGGGUUUUCAGGUUCAAGAACUUUGCUGAACCUGGUUACCCUGUCAUGUUUGGUGGGCCAUUUCGUGAGAAUGUGAAUGCAUUGCUUCAAUAUGCAAAUUUGGAGAGUGAUUUAAGCAUGCCAAUGUGGUCUUUUCAACUGGAAGUUCAUCAGCAACCUCCUUUGCAUGUCUUGCUGUUUGUGAUUGAAGAGGCAACAGAAGCAGUGGUGAAUCGUCAUUGCAAGCAUUGUCAAUACGUUGGCUGGGGAAAGCAUUUGAUAUGCAACAAGAAGUAUCACUUUGUGUUACCAUCAAAGGAAGGAGUUGGUAGCUGCAGGAAGUGUGAAGGGUGCUGUAGAGAUAACAAUGGUAAGUCGAAAUUAAUUGAAUUACAGGGUCAUAUGAUGCAUGGUGUUUUUCACUCUAAUGGAUUCGGCCAUUUGCUAUGUGUCAAUGGAUUGGAAAUGGGUUCUAAUUUGGCUGGAAACCAGAUCAUGGACUUUUGGAACCGUUUGUGCAAGGGAUUGCAAGCAAGGAAGGUGAGUUUGAAUGACAUUUCACAGAAGAAAGGAAUGGAACUGAGACUUGUAAAUGGAAUAGGAUACAGUGAGUCAUGGUUCAGUCGUUGGGGUUACAAAUUUGGGAGAGGAAGCUUUGGUGUAACUCAAUCAAUGUACCAGAAAGCCAUAGAAGCAAUAAGAAGCAUGCCACUGUAUUUGAUCACACACCACAUAACAAAUUCCAACCACGCCAUUCCACUCAUCUUCUCAAGAUAUCAAACACUUUCAGAUCAGUCUCUUCUUACCCUCGGUGACCUCUUUUCUUACAUGUUAGACCUCAAAUCACGUCUUCCUCCAGAAACUUCCAUUGCCUCUUACACCACAACAGCUUUGCUUGAGACCAAUUGCCGUUGGUCCCCUAAGAGGAUUGAGAUGGCAACAAGGGUCAUUGUUGAGGCCUUGAAGAAAACUGAGUUCAGAUGGGUUUCAAGGCAACAAGUUAGAGAUGCUGCUCGUGCAUACAUUGGAGACACAGGUCUGCUAGAUUUUGUCUUGAAGUCCUUAGGAAACCAUGUCGUGGGAAACUACUUGGUUCGUAGAAGCUUGAACCCUGUCACCAAAGUCUUGGAAUAUUGCUUGGAAGACAUUUCUAAGGUUUACCCUUGUAAUGAAAGUCUGGUAAUGAGCAACAAGUACAAGAUCACACGAACUCAACUCAUGAAAGACAUGCUUUAUCUGUAUAAGUACAUUCUCAUAGACCCUAAACCUAUCAUGGGCUCAGAGUUUCUCUCAGCUAUACCAUUAGCAGCAAGGAUAAUUCUUGACACCAAGUAUUUUAUAAGAGAUUACUGGGAAGAUUUUUCUCACCAAGUUCACCUGGGUUCGGAAGAAAAGCUCAACCUUUACUGCACAAUUUUGCUGAGGAAUGAUGGUGAUGAGUACCAACUAAACAAGGCCUUUAUGCCACCCGAUGAAUGUGUGACAGUGAAAAGAAAUGCUACUGUGAAUGAGUUGAAGGUGGAGGUUGAAAGAAGGUUUAGAGAAAUUUAUUGGGGUUUGAGGAGUUUCGUGGUGGAAUCAGUUGAGAAUUUGAGUGUGAAUAAUGGAAAUGAAAUGGUUUUAGGAGUAAUGAAAGUGGGUGAAAAGGUGGUGUUUGAAGGUCGUUGUGAUAGGAACAUGAAAGAAAAGAUUAAUAUUGAGGAAAUGUGUGAAGGUGAUCCAAAUAGUGGAACUGUGGAUUGUAGUUGUGGAACGAUGGAAGAAGAUGGUGAAAGAAUGGUGUGUUGUGAUAUUUGUGAAAUUUGGCAACACACUAGAUGUGUUCGAAUUCCAAAUGACCAAGACAUUCCUCAUAUUUUUCUAUGCAAAAAAUGUGAACAAGAAAUUGUUUUGCUUCCUUCUUUCCCAUGA